CAUGCGCGGCGGGGCGGGGCUGGCGGGCGUCGACGGAAGGGCCGGCCCGCGCUAUGGCGGCCCGCGGCGGCUGCCGGCGGCUGCUAGCGGCGUCGGAGCGGAGCGGCGGCGGGGUCAUGCCCGGAAAGGGAAAAGGAGCCAGGAAGGGGGCCGCGGAUCCGGCGGUGGCCGCGGGACCGGUGGUGGCGGCGGGUGACGGCUGCGUGAGGGUGGCGGUUCGCGCCAAGCCCGGCUCCCGCUGCAGCGCCGUCACAGAUGUGACAGCUGAGGCAGUAGGUGUAGCUAUUGCUGCACCUCCAUCAGAAGGGGAGGCAAAUGCAGAGCUGUGUCGAUACCUCUCUAAGGUGCUAGGAGUUAAGAAGAGUGAAGUUAUUUUAGAGAAGGGUGGUAAAUCACGUGAAAAAGUGGUGAAGAUUUUUGUAUCGAUGACACCAGAUGAGAUUUUAGAAAAACUGAAAAAAGAAGCUUCCAGUUGACAUAAAACAAGAGUGAGAAAUGGCACCGUGCAUCUUGGUAAAUGGACUGAUAUUCUUUCUUAUAUAAAUCUGGUCCUGUUGAGAAUGUGGAUAAUGACUAGGGAAAGAUACUUCUUCCCCCCUGCACCUCCUUGUUAAUAUAGCUGGUUUAUAGUUGAAGUUUUUGUGUAGGUUUGAUUAGAAAACUUGCCUUUACUGAGACUCUGUAUCUGCUUCUGUCACUACAGACUUUUUUCCUCUCUGGAGAGUUUCCCUAAACAAAUGGUUUAGAAAACUUGUUUCUUAGUGAAACAAACUUCGGUUAACAAAGCAAAAGGCUUGGAAUGACAGGCUUCAGAGUGAAAAGUGGUAUGAAAGGAUGAGUCUGGAUAGUGAAGACCCUAGAAGAAUGUUCUCUUUAAUAUCUGGUGUCAGGUACUGGGUGCAGUUUUUUGUACUAUGUGCACAUAUGUACAUCUAAAAUAAACAUAUUUUAAGCCAGUAUACUGUUGUUGAUCACACAGGCAAGCUAAAAGCAGAAUCACCUGAAUAACUGAAACAAAACCGGAAUUUUGCAGUAUGAACAACUCACCCAGAACUUAGUAAUUGCAUACACGGUGUCACUUUGUAAGAGUCUGUAAUUGUUUCCUGAAAUGUAGAGAUACAAAUAUGUAUCUGCCAAAUGUAUGUCAAGUGUAAUGACUGUUUUUAAUAAAAGGGGUAAAAAGUA